UCACGCUGGAGACAGCGAUGCUCACACCACUCGACAAGACCGUCAACGCAAACUAAGUCCAAACAGGUUUCACGAUGCUGCUAUUCCUCUGCAACUCCACUAGAGGCAAACAUUCCCUCCUCGGUUUGGCUCAGCUUCUGUUUGUCACUCUCUGUCUCCACUGCAUUUAUGGGGCUACUCUCCGAGAGCACCGACUCAGGGAGAGUGAAUCAGAACCGCAGCAGUCACCUAAUGCUGACAUGAUCAAAGCCUUGGAGUACAUUGAAAGCCUUCGUCAGAGAACAGACUCACAGGAGAAGCCGCUUCUCCCCAACGCCGAUCGCCACUUGGAUGAUGCUCAGAAGACGCACGCCACUCUAAGACUGGCUGCUGACCCGAUACACGCUGAUAAUGACGGAGACAACACAGAUGAGGAAAGGAGCGAGGAUAACAGUGAGGAACUGCUCCAAGCCGUACUCAGCACUCUGCAGCAGACCGAAAAGGCAUCCAAGCCCACUCAGCCUCGUCCUUCCUCGCUGGGGGGUGCUGACCGGAAGAGUGGUGUGUACGCCAAAGUGCCGGAACAACGGGGUAUCAUGCCUCACAAGAAGAUGCCCUUAAUGUUUGAGGAGGAUGAAGAAGGGGAGGGUGAUGAAGAGGAGGGGGAGGAUGAUCACGAGAACCCUUUCAAACGCACCAAUGAGAAUGUUGAGGAGAAGUACACGCCUCAAAACCUUGCAACGCUGCAGUCAGUCUUUGACGAAUUGGACAAGUUUACUAAUCAAAAGAUGACAAACAAACGACAGGAAGAGGACGACGAUGCGCAGAAUGAAGAGGAAGAAGAAGAAGGAGAAGAUCUGUUCAAUCUAAGAAAUGUGGUAUAUGAUGACGAAGGAGAGGACCUUACAGACUGGGGUCCUGGAGAGCAAGGGGAGGAAGAGGAGGAGGAGGAGGACAAACAUCAGUUGGACAGGAGCCUCGAUUAUGUCGAUGAUGAGGAAGAGCAGGAUGAGGAUGAAAGGUAUCCAGUUAGGAGGUCAAAUGAUCCAGACCAGGUCGACUACUACCUUCUCAAGGUGUUAGAGAGAACUGAAGAGGAGGAGCAGAAGCGAGCAAUAGAAGAAGAAGAGAACAAGAGGGCUGAGAGGCGAGUAACUCAAUACAGAGAUAACAUUGACCCACGAGUUAUCUAUCAGCUCAUUCAAAUCUCACGGAAAUACCAAAUCCCACCUGAGGAUCUCCUGGAUAUGCUCAAGACAGGAGAAACAACUAGUCAAUGGAAGGCCCAAGAGAGCAGAGACAAAAACAAAUUGUGGAAGACAUCCUCAAAGAAGAUCUACAAGAUUCCCCAAACUAAAUUCUACAGCAGACGUCUUCCUGUCAGAAAGAACAGCCCCAAAAACCUGCAGAGGGAAGCCAUCCUCAACAUCCUGGGGUUGGGCAAUGCGCAGAACCGAGAUCCAACUCCCGUCUGGAAGCCGUACAGAAGCCCUGCGUCACGACUUCACGCUCUGACAGCGGGGCGCCCGGGGGACGACGCUCCCACGCAGCGACGUUUCCCUCCCAGUAAGUCAAAGGACUAUGACGACACAACAGACGGCGAACUGGCGGCGUAUCUGGCGUCUCAGAUGCUGGCGCGCUAUCCCGGCCCAGCGUACCACUACGGCAAGGCCGGCCAAAAGCGGGACGAGGCGGGGCAGAACGCGGCAGACUCGUUUGAACAGGCCAUGCAGGAUUAUUUGGAUCAAAUGGACUCGAGUAAGGUGCUGAAUAAAAAGAGACAGUCUGAGGAUGGCGAGAGAGGCUUUGAUAACGAGGCUGUGAUGAAACUGAUGAGCUACUUCAACCCAGAAAGUGAGGACAGUGAGAGUGAAGCCAAGGCGGAAAAUGGCAUAUGAAUCAAGUGGCAGAUAUGAAUCAUAAAUAGGUGCAUCUCAAUAAAUUAGAAUAUCGUACAAAAGUUCUUUUAUUUCAGUUCAAAAGGCCAAACUCCAGUAUUGCGUAAAUAGGACACAGGAAAACUCUUUUCAAAGAAUUCUAACCAAUUGAAAAUGUGUAGGUAACAUACUGUAAUAUUCAAAUUUCUCUAGAUCAUCAGAAAAUAUAUUAUAUAUGUGUAUAGUGAAUUUGUAUACAGUACACCUGCUAAAAUCAAUUAAGUUUCACAACAAUAUUCUAAUUUAUGUUCGAGAUGCAC